GGUUUAUUUGGAUUUUAAUGAACUGACAAAAACACAUAUGAAUUUAUAUGCAUGUACACAUUCAAGAAGGACCAAAGAACCCAAGACUCGGAAGGGGAGAAAGAAUGCACACUGCCUGCUCAGCGAAACUCAAAAGAGGAACUAAGAGUCGCAUGACUAUUGUUCGCAUGACUAUUGUGUUGCAAGUGUAUCCGUUACUAUUGUGUUGCAAGUGUAUGGAAAAACCCAGAUGGUCUGAGAGAUUGGGUCACACAGCCAGUAUAAAUAAGGCUGCUUUUUCAGUGUUAGUUGUUGCAUCUUGCUAGAAGAUUUUUGCGUGCAUCCUCGAAGGUAAUCAUUCUUCGAUCCAGCUUGCUGGAACAUAUAUUGCUUUAACUGCUUAGCUGUAUGAUGAUAACUUGACCUGCUCAUAGAAAGACAAGGUUAGUUAUUCAUUUGAUAUUUGAACUGUGUAUGUUAAGAAAAACUUUGUGACUGAACCACUUAUACAGGACUGCCCUGUUAAGUUGGGAGAAACUGAGGUAUUAUAAUCUGUAACCUUUUCUUUUGUUGCUACUAUUAACAAUCAUUGUGUAACCAGUGUUAUUAUCGUUUGUAUAAAUAAAUUUUCAUUUUAUAAAGAUAAAAGUUGAAUAGUUCUUUGCCUCGGGUCACAAUACCAGUUCUAUAAGCAAUAGUAAGAGCAUUAGAGCUACCCUUGCUAGGGCAAGAGGUCACCAGGACUCCACGGAAGCAUCUCCACGGAGGGUUAAGCGAGCUAUAAGGAACGUUUAUCCAGAAAUUCUGACCUGACAGCAAAAGGCACCUGGCCACUUCGAUACCAGGCGCUCUUCAGGGCUGAGGUAAUACCAGAUCUCACCACAUGGGGGCUCGUCCGGGAUCAAUUAUUAUCAAUUUAAUAAUUUGAAUCCGAGUGAACAAUAAUUAUUAAAACACCAUCAAAAUCCGCUAAACAGUGUCUCCAGAGUUAAAGGAGAAGGUUACCGAGAGUAACUGUGUCUCCUUAGUGCAAAGAGGAAGUCACUGAGAGGGUGCUUCCUCAUAUUAACUGUAAAAAAUCUUCAGGGACGCCUGAGAGAUAAAUUAUAUGGUUAAGCACUAAAAGGGGUAAUUGAUCCAGAGGACUGCGCAGAGGGACCACACGAGUACCCAAUAUAUAUAACCUCGAAGAAGGAUAAUUACCAGAACUCUCGAAAGGCAGACACACAGUCAUGGACAAGAUAACUCAUAUUGCUUUACUCCCACCAGAUAAAUUUAGCAAGCGCUUGAAAGACGCAGGGCUAAAAGAAACUGAGGAACUCAUAGCUACCGAGUGUACUUUGUAUACACCUACCGUCGACGGAUUACGAAGGUUAGUCCAAACCGUUGGCGAACAAACUCGAAGUGAUAAGAUCACUGUAGAAGUAGGGGACCAUGAUGUCACAAUACCGUUAGUUCCGGGUAAAGAAAUCCAGGUAACUAGAGACGGGAUCCCCGACCAACGGGCUCGAGGCUCGGCUGGAUCGCCGUCCCCCUCAGCGCAUACUGACCGGGAAGAGCCAGCCGAGAGCGUCUAUAGCCGCUUGGAAAGGGCAGGCGCUAGAGCAGCGAUAGGGUCGGGGGCGAUACCUAAACAUGCGAACUUUAUCACCGGUUUCUCUCCCGCGAAUUGGGAAGAAGAAACAUGGGGGGAAAAGAAUUCCGUGUUUAAACCGCGUCAGACUUCCACCGAGAAAAAAGAUAAAUACGGAAAACUGGUGCAGGAAGACUCCAGUGAUAGCUCGAGUACGUGCUACAGCGAAGAUGAGAUGUUGCCUAAACGAAAGAAAGUUAAUUAUAAGCGCUCAAAGAGUCUGUCGCGUGAGAGGCGAAGUAGCUCGGGUCAAAGGGAACAUGAAAAUCUCGGGGGUAGAACAUUUUUAACCUGCCCGGGUCUAGUGUUAGAUUCGCAAGAUCCGCAGUGGUCAGCCCUUACAGAAGUGCAGCAGAAAGUAGUCAGACUGGCCGUGGGGCCGACCUCGGAUGAAAUCUUAGACAUGCCAGGAACUAGUUUCAAGGCUAAAAUAGAUAUGCUGGCCGAACAGCUGGAUUGUAUGCAAAAAUCAUUAUGCUACUUGCUGUUAGAUGGUCAUAAGCCGGCCAAGCAAGAGCCAACCGUAAAUGACGUGAGAAAAAUGAGGGAGACAACUUAUAGGGAACCGGAAUCUAAUAGAGACAAGAAUAAGAGCAAAAAGGAAAAAGCUCAACAGAGAGAUGGCUCCGCUAAAAUAGUUGCCAGGGAAAGCUUCGAAAAAUCCCGUGGUAGGGAAACACAUAGGCAAGUUGUAAAAUAUGAAGAGGAAUCUUCAAACUCGCAGUCCGAGUAUGACUAUUUGACCUCUGACACGGAGGGGGAUUGCGGGGGUGAAGAAAAGGUAUUACCCUUGAAACAAGGAGUAGAUUUAUCUCUCACCGCGGCUCUGGCAAGACAAAAAAGGGAAAAGAGGAAGUCAGAUAGAAAUGAGGAAGACGUUAGUCUGAAGCCUAGGCGGGGACCACCGAGACAAGCCAAAGGCGACAGAGUGUCCGCAAUUCAGUUACUGCAAAACAUGAGAUUCCAAGGUGCCAAAGAUAGCAUGCAGAAGGCAAGAAUGAUAGCAGCUCUAGGAAAGACGCUGAAUGCAUCCACUGCCUUAAUAGAGCAGAUGAUCCGACACCACACUGGGAUAUCGUUGAAGUUGCAGAUAAUAGAAUCCCAUUACGAUCAUGUGAUAGGGAAAAAUGAAAAAGCGGAAAUAAGAGAUGAGUUAGAGGUAGUAAAAACUGUAGGCUUAUGGGCAUACCUUUCUGAGAAAGCCGACAAGGGCUGGACGGAAGAAGAGGUACUGGCGCAAUUAAAACAGCUGGCUCCUGAGCUGCCAGGCUGUAGAGAAAUCACUCGCUGGGGGGCAGAAACUGAUUGGUCUGAAAUAUCUAAAUUCGCAGUGCGGUACGAUAGAGACACUGUAAGAAUACGGGAGGAAAGAUCAGGCCGAAGUAGAAGCCGACCGCUAGAGGGGGUUAGAAUAAAGCCAAUAACUGACUUCAAACCUAACCAGAGUAGGUCUAGUAAUGAUGACAGAGUGAAGCCAGUCAGGAGAGAGCCCUCAAAGAAUCGCGCUUACCAAAAACCUAAGCACCAGCCCAGACAAGAACAGAGAAACAAGAGUGAGCAAAAAAAUGGCUAUAUAGACUCUGAAACAUGGGCAAAAAUGACAGAUGAACAAAGGAAGGCGCAGAGGGAGAGGCGUCGCGGAAGAGAGGCGCGGAAACCAGGGCGCGCAACAGCGGUCAGAACUAAUAAGUCCGCUAGAGCUAGUCACCAAUAGGACAGAAAGGCUCCAGGAAAAGCGACCAUUGCUUCUGAUCUAGUUGAGGAGACAGAAGAACAGGAUUUGUUUAUUAAUUAUAAGGGGAUUAAGUUCCGUCUCGAUACCGGAGCGGAAAUAACAUCAAUCACCGAGCUGCCUCCCGGGGCUGAGAAGCUAAGUGGGCAAUAUAGGGUAUAUGGUUUUAGUGAUGAAAUGAAACCAGUGACUAGAGAUAGAUAUUACUGGGAGGGAAUACACUGUAUUAUAGACAGCUCGAAUUUAAUGAGUCUUAAAGAUGCGAUCUAUGUUAAGGAGUUGAACGAUAGGAAUCCUGAUAAUGAUAAACGAAUCAGAUGGCUGAAAACGGUCGACCUGGAGCACGAGAUAAAUAGACUCGUAAAAGAGACUCUAUUACCCAAAAAUGAGUUGAGGAAAUUACUAGAGAAGUAUAGGAAUAGUUUUGCAAAGAGCAAAAAUGAUUGUGGAAAAUUAGAUGAUAAAUACGAGUACACCAUAUUAGGGGGAAUCCCCGCGCCGCAGAGACAGUAUCCGCUGAAUAAAGCCGCUUAUCCGGAAAUAAGAGGGACGUUGAAUGAAUUAUUGCGCAAAGGGAUCAUAAGUGUGGGGGAGAAUUGUCCAACGAAUGCCCCUAUACAGGCGGUAAUAAAAAUUGAUGGCUCGUACCGUUUGGUGUGUAAUUUUAAGGCGCUGAAUAGACUAACGGUGCCAGACACCAGAUAUUUGAUCAAUGCUAGGGAUGCGACAAACUGUUUGGAUGACGGCAAGAUAUUGUCAAAAAUUGACUUAGCUAAUGGAUUCUGGUCGGUGCCUCUAGCAAAGGAUAGCCGGGCAAGGACCGCUUUCACUUUCGAGGGAAAGCAAUAUGUUUUUAAUCGAUUACCUAUGGGAUUUUGCAAUGCGCCUAACGCCUUCCAGGCAAUAAUCCUGGAAAUAUUGGAAGGACUGCCCGUUACGGCUUACAUUGACGAUGUAUUGAUAGCUACGCAAACCACGGAGGAACACAUGAGAGUCCUGUCCGAAACUAUUAGGAAAUUGGCGGACGCUGGUUUUCUGCUGAACUUGAAAAAACUAGAAUUAGGAAAGGAGAAUGUCAAUUUCUUAGGAUUUGAAAUUUCGGGGGCCGAAAGGGGCAUAGCAAAAUCGACGCAAGAAAAAUUAGAAGAGUUGAAAAAGGAACGAAUCACAAAUUUGAGGCAGCUACAGAGCCUGCUGGGGAGAUUAAAUUUCGUGCGAGACCUGAUCCCAGGGUAUAGCGCCAAGGCUAAAAUACUGUACAAAGCAACGGCAGGGAAAGACUUUCAUUGGGAUGAUAGAUUGGAAAGUAUCAAGUGCGAUAUUAUUAACAUGGCUUUGGCCUCGGGGCGAAUUGUCCGGAGGAACCCUGACAAAAACCUCAGGGUUAAGAUUGAUAAUACCCCCGAGGAAAUGGAAUUGAUAUUAUAUAACGAAGGGGAUACAAAAUCCCCAGUUAUGUUCAUUUCGCACGAGAAACCCGCUAACCAUAAGAAGCAUGAGAAUAUGUCACCUGUUGAUAUUCUAGCCACAAUUGCUAGGAAUCUGCUCGUUAUUAAGGCAUUGGCGGCUGAAAAGUUGAUUAUUAUAGUUGCUAAAGGGGAGGGGAUCGACCUCUUGGCAAGGGAAGCAAAAAACUUGGUCAAUGAGAAUAAGCGCGUGCAUGUUUUCACCUGGUCGAAGUGGAUAAAAAUAAUUGAUGAUAACCAAUUUGAGUUUAGGAAUGAGAAAAGUCCGAAAAAGGACAGGAGGACCGUAAUAGAUCCGGAACAGAUUUGCUACUUCACGGACGGUAGUUCGGAGAAGGGAGAAACCUGGUGGGGAUUUAUGGUCAAAUUGAAAGGAAAAAUUAUUCACAAAGAAAAGGGCAGAUUAGAUAAUGACAAAAGCGCGCAGGAAGCUGAGGUUACAGCGGUUGCGAAGGCAAUAAUGCACAUGAGGGACAACAAUCGUAAAAAAUGCGUAUUAGUCACCGAUAGUGAAUACGUGUAUUUGGGCAUUGUUCAAAACCUGUCCACAUGGGAACAGAAUAAUUUUAAUAAUGCUAAAGGUAAACCACUGGCGCAGGUGGAAUUGUGGAAAGUCAUUAGUGAAUGUGCCAAGGUAGUGCAACCGAGAGUGUUGCACCAGUCCAGUCAUACGGUCCAGAAAACUCCAGCAGCUGUGGGAAACAGGGAGGUGGAUCAGUAUGUGCGCGUGAGGGCGAUUACUAAAGAGAGUGAGGGGAACCUACUCCAAGAGCUGCACGAUAAGCUUAAUCAUCCGUCCACGACGUAUGUUGCGAAAUAUUGUAAGCAGCUGGGACUGCAUGUGCAAAAUCUAAAGACCAGCUAUCAGAAAAUUAAAAUAAAGUGUCCUGAUUGCAGAAAAGUGAUGUCCAGUGUGCAUCACGAUUUUGGGCACAUUAAGACGGAAAAA